GGUGCAGCCGCGGCCCGGAAAGUUUCCUCUUAGGCCCGAAUUGGGGGUUGCCUUCUCUCCGGGGAGCCCCGGUCCUAGCGCCGGGGACCCCCCGAGGGCGUCGGGGAGGGGGGAGAGCGCUCGGCUGGCUGGAAAACUCUUUGCCAGUUCCUGUCCAUUCAAGAUGAGAAAACUGACCAGAUUUGAGCCCCAUCCCUGAUCCUCCCAGAGGCGAUGAAUGAUCUAUUUCUCUGCUGCAUAAACUGCCCCUAACCUUUCUCAUAAGUCAGACAAUCUGCUUCCUCUUGGUUGAGAGCAUUCCAAACUGUGGUCCCCCUGGGCUCUCUUCACAUUGCUGUGGUGCAGAAGAUUUAAAAUCAGCUGAUGUUCACGAGGAAUAGAGUCACGUGAUGUAUGAAGGGAAACAUAUACACUUCUCUGAGGUUGACAAUAAGCCCUUGUGCUCAUAUAGCCCCAAACUGUGCAAACAGCGGCGACUGAACGGUUACGCUUUCUGCAUCAGACACGUUCUGGAAGACAAGAGCGCCCCCUUCAAGCAAUGUGACUAUGUGGCCAAGUACAACAGCCAGCGCUGCACCAACCCCAUUCCCAAGUCAGAGGAUCGGAGGUACUGCAGCAGCCACUUGCAGGUACUCGGCUUUAUCCCGAAAAAAGAAAGGAAGAAAAAGAAUGAUCCGGUAGAUGAGGUGAAGGUCAGGCACCAGAUGGAUGCCAUGGCGUUUAGCCUGACGGUGCCCACGUUGGCCUUGAAGAUGCCCAAUGGACUGGAUAGCAUGUCCCUCUCUCCACCUGGGGCAAGGGUCCCUCUCCACUACCUGGAAACCGAGUUGGAAGACCCCUUUGCUUUCAACGAGGAAGAGGACGACCUAAAGAAAGGGGCAGCUGUGAGGAAGAAGCUGCAGAGCAAGCUGGCUCAGAACCGGCAGCGCCAGAGAGAGACAGAGAUUUUGAAAGUUCGGCAAGAGCACUUUAGCACCCCUCCCGCGCCUCCGCAGCCGCACGCCCACCUGUCACCUCUAUCCACUUCUUCAAAACCUCCAGCGCCACCGCAGGGUUCAGUCUGCAAGCCACCUCAACCUCAGAACACCAGCCUACCAAUGCAGGGAGUGGCCCCCACCACACACUCGAUAGCACAAACGAGGCAGGCCUCCCACAAGAGGCCCCUGCCCCUCCUUCCAUCCUCCAGUCGGGCUCCCGUCUCAGACGCCCCCAGGACUGACCGAAUCCUCAUGAAAGCCACCGCCUUCUCUCCACACUUCUCCUGUAUAAGCCGACUGCGGAGACUGGUGAAACUGUGUACCCAAAAGCAUCAGCUGGACGCGGACCUGUUCCCUCACUUAGGGUUGGACUGGUCUGAAGAGAGCGAAGAAGAGCUGGAGGACUCAGAUCAGGCCUCGCCAUAUCAGGUCGCAUGGUCCAUCCGAGAAACCCUCAGAUAUGAAAGACACACGUCGGACGACGAUGACGUGGGGAGCAGGAGCUCCAGGGUGACCCAACUUUGCACUUACUUUCAGCAGAAAUACAAGCACCUCUGCCGCCUGGAGCGGGCAGAGUCUCGACAAAAGAAAUGCCGGCAUACUUUUAGGAAAGCGCUGCUGCAGGCAGCCAGUAAGGAGCCUGAAUGCACUGGCCAGUUGAUCCAGGAACUGCGGAGAGCGGCGUGCAGUCGAGCCAGCUUCAGCCAGACCAAGUUGAAGGAGGUGGAGCCAGCAGCAUGCAGCGGAACAGUGAAGGGCGAACAGUGCUCCAACAAGGCCCUUCCUUUCACCAGACAUUGUUUCCAGCACAUCCUCUUGAACGGCUCUCAGCAGCUGUUCUCCAGCUGUACGGCCAAGUUUGCAGAUGGACAGCAGUGCCCUGUACCAGUGUUUGACAUCACACACCAGACGCCCCUGUGUGAAGAACAUGCCAAAAAAAUGGAUAAUUUCUUGAGAGGAGAUAACUCCCGUAAAGUUCAGCACCAGCAACAGAGGAAACCUAGGAAAAAAACGAAGCCCCCUGCACUUACCAAAAAACACAAGAAGAAGAGACGGCGUGGACCUCGUCGACCCCAGAAACCAAUUCCCCCUGCAGUGCCCCAAGGGAACCUCAGCAUGCCCACCAGCGUCUCACUGCCAGUGGAGGCCUCGCAGAUCCGUAGCCCUUCCACGCCAGAGCUGAGUGCCGACGAGUUGCCGGACGACAUUGCCAACGAGAUCAGCGACAUUCCGCAUGACUUAGAGUUGAACCACGAAGACUUUGCGGAUGUCCUGCCACGGCUGCCUGAUGACUUACAGGAUUUUGAUUUCUUUGAAGGAAAGAACGGAGACCUCCUCCCGACCACCGAAGAAGCCGAGGAGCUUGAGCGGGCCUUGCAGGCUGUGACUUCUCUCGAGUGCCUGAGUACCAUUGGGGUCCUUACCCAGUCAGACGGGGUGCCAGUUCAGGGGUUGUCAGACAGAGGGAUGGGGGUGUUCUCCGGGGGAACCGAUGCUUCGGGAAUCCAGUCCUUGAGCCGAGAAGUGAACUCGGACCUAGGGGAGCUACUGAAUGGACGUAUAGUACACGACAGCUUUUCUAGUCUGGACCUGGACGAGAACCUGCUCCGCUCUGCUUCCCUGUCUAACCCACCUACACCCCUGGCAGGGCAGAUCCAGGGGCAGUUCUCUGCCCCAGCCAGCGUUGGCCUUACUUCUGCCACUCUGCUCAGCCAGAGUGCACUUGGGGAGAGAGCCUUCCCAGGACAGUUUCAUGGACUUCAUGAUGGCAGCCAUGCCUCCCAGAGGCCACAUCCUGCCCAGCUGCUGAGCAAGGCAGAUGACCUAAUCACCUCACGACAGCAAUACAGCAGUGAUCAUUCACACUCCUCACCCCAUGGAAGCCAUUAUGACAGCGAGCACGUGCCGUCGCCCUACAGUGACCAUAUCACCUCUCCCCACACAUCGUACUCUGGUGAUACUAUGGCAGCUACCUUUUCAGCAGAGAUGCCCAUCAUGGCACAGCACUUGCUCCCCAGCCAGCUCGAGGUGCCACUUGGAGGAGUGGUCAACCCCAGAACUCACUGGGGGAGUCUCCCCGUCAACCUUGGCGACCCCUCUGCAUUCAGCAACCUCCUUGGCGCGGAUGGACACCUUCUUUCCACUUCCCUCUCCACGCCGCCCACCACGUCCAACUCAGAGACCACACAGCCUGCCUUCGCCACCGUUACCCCAAGCAGUUCCAGUGUGCUUCCGGGGUUACCGCAGACCAGCUUCAGUGGCAUGGGGCCUUCCGCUGAACUAAUGGCCUCCACCUCCCCCAAGCAGCAACUCCCGCAGUUCAGCGCAGCCUUCGGCCACCAGCUGAGUUCUCACAGUGGCAUUCCCAAGGACCUGCAGCCCAGCCACAGCUCCAUAGCCCCUCCUACAGGCUUCACAGUAACAGGUGCCACGGCUACAAGUACCAAUAAUGCAUCUCCCCCUUUCCCCACCCCUAACUGAGUCUGUGCUUGCAGGCAGGUGGAACCUGGCGUUUUCUAUGUGUUUCCUCUUUUGCACCCCCCCCUCCUCUUUUCCUGCAGAAGAUUUGAAAAUAAAAGUGGGGAUUAGCGGGACUCCCCCUUCCCAGUCAGCAAGCGGCCGUGGACCUUGCGUCAGUGUUCACGUGUGCUCCUUAGCACUGGUGCUCAUUCCCUCCUGGCGGGUCCUCGUGGCCUGGCGGUUUUCUCUGGUGGCUCAGCACAGUGACUGGAUAGGUUGAUUUUUUUUUUUUUCUCAGCAAGUCCUAGAAGUGGAAGAUACCUCAGAUUACCAGUGCCCUUUACUAUUUCCUAGUGUUCAGAUCAAUGCUUUCCAUUCUCUAGCCAGGUUUUCCCAUAGGUUGUUCUAGAUAGAGUGGCCCUCGUGAGAUCCUGUGUAGCGGGUGGUGUGUGGAGGCCAAUCGGAGCUCUGACUCAGCACCAGCUGCCCAACACCACAGUGAGACCUGGAUGCCAUUCCUAAUCGUGACGUGGUUACCCAGAAAGAAAAUCGUCUCUUGACUGCCUGUGGGUGCGUGGUCACCUGUGUGUGUUUCGUGCAGGAAGUAGCUGUCAUGGUAUUUUUUUUUUUUUCUUUUUUACUCCCAGAAUAAGCUUAUGGCCCUUUUUCCCCUCCUUCUGUCUCAUACCUAGCAAGGUUGGUUUGUCCUUCCUUCCUCCUGAGUUGACUAAAGCAUCCUGAAUUGGGAGGAGGUGGUCUGGCACAGCCCUUUCUUGCUAAAGAUCAGCCCGUGAAGAAAGGAGCCACCACACAAGGCUGAAUUCACAUCAGUGAUGGGGAGUGCCUUGGCGACUAACCGUGCGUGGCCGCAGGGCUGCUCAGGGGUGGGGCCUCACAGUCACUUUGCCUUCUCCACGUGUAUUUGUUUCAGAAUCCCUCACUCACGGAAUACAUUUGCAAGUUGUAAUUAAAGAAAAUAUUUUGAUGUGAAAAAGCAGGCUGGACCAGCUAGGUUUGAAAGAUGACAUCUGUGACCUGGUCAGUCUGUCAUUCGCUCCUAGUUUUUACAUGUUUACAGUUGUGAUUCUUUGGUGAGAUUUGUGAACUGUUGAGGACACGUGUAGAAUCCGUGUACCAGUUGUGAAGUGACGUGUAAUAUCAGAAGGACACACAUUUUAAAGUUUCUUUCAAAGCAGAAUAUGGAAAUUAGACAUAAAUUUGAUUUACCUUAGGUACUUUUAAAAUAAUUUAAGUACUUAAGGUGAAGUAAAUUUGGAAAUUCUUUUAAAGUACCAAGGGUUUGGGGUAAACUCUUAUUGGUUAGUGCAGUAAGCUGGUGACUAUGAAGUGAUGUGUGGGGUUUUUUCUUGCCUGCCUUCCCCUCCAGAGAAGGGUAGAGCUUCACUUUCUACUCGGUUUUGCUGAGGUUUCACUAUCCUUCGGAUACCAUUAGGGGAUUCAUCCCUGAGUUCAAUCUAAUUUCCAUAUGUAUAUUUUAAAAAAGAAGACAACAUGUCUGUUAAUGAUGUGGUACAGUAAUUCCUUUGUCAGGGACUGUUGGAUCCUAAUUCCUUCCUAACAGUAAAGGUUGGGACAUGCUUUCCUCCUCCUUAGGUGCGUUUUCUUCAUGCCACGCUAGUUCUAACCGGUCCUUCUGGUGAAAGCUUUCUUUCUCUGCUUGGUAAAGGAAUGAUGGUGAUCAGCAGGCAUUAUGCAGAUACCAUGUGCCUGAGCUUUUGGAGGGAGAGUCACAUGACUGUAUGAAAUCAUGAUAUGCCCUAUUUUGUAUUUAUUGAAUUUGGGGAGGGCAAAAUAUGUUUGUAAUAUAUUUACUUUUUUUUCAAAUCAUGUUAAUUAAUUGGAACAUUUAUUUUUAAUAGCUUUGCCAUUUUUGCAGAUUGAGAAAUUUCUAAAUUAUAAAUUAUGUCACAAAGCAAAAUUAUAUUUGGUAUCACCAUGACCUUCUUUCCUGACUGGUGAGACACAGCUUUUUGACUCGUUCUCACCUGGGAACUCACGUCAGUCGUUUUUCAUUUUAGUGCACUGUAAUGAAAUGAUGAGUGGUUACCUCACCCCAAAAGUGUCAUUUCGUUUGCUAAGCUGUUUUCAUAUCCCAUUAUAAUCAUCACUAGAUAACUGUGCAUUCCCAGGAAAUUGAAGCAGAUUGAAGCAGAGCAGCACUGGACGUCCUCCUCACCCUCCUGGCUGACAGAGGAGUCAUGGGUGGUCAAUUUGGACUGUUACUGGCUAUUUGUCCCUGCAUUAGCUGCUGAAAAUUCUCCAGUUGUCAAAACUGAGUUUGCAGUAGGUUGCACCUUUUAUUGUUUGCAGUUUUCUGUUUUAUGUGCAUUUAAAAGCCCUUCUUUGCUUUCGAGGAAGAAGGCAUGAAGUGAUCAGGAAUGUUGCCAGUUACAGCUUCACGCCAAAAAUAGUGAGUCAUCUCACUCUUGUGUAGAUGCCCAUGAUGAUAGCAGAAGAGAGGGCAGUCUUAGAGAGUACUGGUAUAGAAUUGGGUAAUUAGCAAAAAGCACACUUUUCUCCUCUUUCAGAACUAACAUCCAAGCCUGUAGUUUGCUUUUCUUGUGAGUCCCCUGUUGGAAGAAUGUCUAUCUAUAAGCCCAGAGGUAUCCACUUUGUUUCUCUUCUAGUCUCUUAGUAGUAGGUGGGGUAUUAAUAUGCAAAGAAAAAUUAAGCGUCUCUUACGAUGCUUACAUGAAAACGUAGCACUUGUGUUAUGGUGAGGCAAUACUGGAAUCAAAAACAAACCUUCCACAGGUCCUGAGGGGUAGACACUAGCUUUGGUUGUAGUGUUCAGUACCUAAGAACAGCGACAAUGGGGGCUCCUCUGUCUCUGCAGCUCUUUGGGACCAUUUCUAAAGGCCAGUUAGAUUGUGUUACUGUGAUUUAAUUUUUGAAGUUGCUGCAGUUAAUGAAUGCAUCCUGUGCUCUGAGAAUCUGACAAGUCAGCAGCCGUAACCUCUGGUAUCUGAAGGGAAGGUGGGCUUUUCUCUCCUUUAGUUGUUAAAGUUAUUUUAGUAAAGGACUUAAGACAUUGUUUGUUUCUUCUGUAAAAACGGCUUAACAAGUUCCACUCCUGGGGAGGCUCCACAGUAAACAGUAGGAUAGUGAAAGCAUUAAAGGUAGACCGCCAAGUGACAGUCCAUGCAAUGGACAGGUCUUGUAGUUAUCAUGGCCUAGCUGAUGAGCAAAGGUUUUCUCUCGUGAGCCUCCUGGGGGAGGUGUUCCUGCUCCAGAAAAGACAGCGUUUCCAUGCUGGCAGGCAGUGUAGUGUGUCUAGUGUCCCUCUGUGAGAAGAUUAUGGUUUAAUGAGAAUCAGAUGGAGUUGGAAAGUGAUUGUUUUCUAUUCCUUAAAGUUGAUGUUACCAGUUUUAGUGGCGUAAGGCUAAGGACAGCUAAUACUUUAUCUUUGCCAAAUAACUAUUUCUAAGAUUAAUUUUUUAAAGUAAACCAGACUCUCACCUGAAGGAUAGGGAUUAUCCUCUUUUGUAAGUCACACUAAAACUUUUCCACCGCUCAUUCACAGUCCAUGCUCACAAUCUGCACAGCAAAGCCAGUUCUUUGUUUAGGAAGGAAACCACGUCCACGCUUGAUACAGGCGUCCUGACGGGCAUAUCGUUUCUUUUACACAAAAGAACUUGGAUUUCUGGUGGCCUGUUGCAUGGCGCCUUACAGACUGGCAUUAGAGUUGGAUCAUACAGAGAUGAAGCCCUGGCUAUGUGCUCUUGGAGUCUGGCCUGCGGUCUUCGCUGCAUCUUGGCAUGCGGGGCGGUGGUGGUGGUGGUGGCGGCGGCGGCGGGCUUCAUUUGUAGCACCUCUCUGAAGCCACUGCCCCCUCGAGCUGAGUUCCCAGCGUGGUUGUGCACUGUUUGGACAUUGCAGAGUGUGAGGAUAGUAACACUAAACUAACAGGUUUGGAAUUCAUUAGAAUUUUGAGAGUAUUUACUUUUCAGACUCUUCAUCUUUUCUUUUUAGAUUUAAAAAGGUUGAAUUCUAUUCUUUAGCUGAUGUGUAGGAUAGUCUAAUAGAGUGGUUUGUUGAAUGGUCAGUACAAUGCUGCACUCUAAUGAGGAAAUUUAGAAACACCUUUGAGUUUAGUUGGAGUGAAUCCUCAUUUGUAUUUCAUUUAUUACUGCUCUCCCACACUGUUCUAGAGGUUUCUUCCUGUCAAAAUUAUUUCAUGGGGAUAGUCACUCAUGAAACGUUAUAUAUUUUUUCCCCUCUCAAUAACUUGAAAAAUAACCGAAUCUUCCCUGGAACUAAGUAGAAAAGAAAAUUAUUAUAUUCUGGUGGGAACCAAAAUCACACUUUAAUUAAAGUAGUAUUUUAAAUGCUGUCUUUCCCAAUGUGUAUAAUACGAUUUCUGUGAAGAGCACAGAUGGAGAUCUGGUAAGCAGUCCCCUUGCUGGCCGGCGAGUUAAGACAGGGACUUCUGGACGUGAGUCACGGCUCUUCUAGCGGCCAGGGUCAUCACCGCUGCAGGCGUUGGGGGCUUAGGGAGCCGUGGGGGUUCUCACUUUCCCUUGGUCAGCUUUCCCCUCUGCACUGCGAUAGGGAGCAGGUAAAAAGAGAUGUGGCGUUCCAGAGAGACGUGUCGGGACUUUCUUUACCCGUAUUCCAGAGCAUCAGUAAUGUUUUGAGUGGCUUGAAGAGCAGAUCCCAGAUGAUCUUUGGCUGAUCUAAAGUUGGUGUGAAGAGCAGUCUUCUAAGACGGAAGCUGUUGGAUCUUGGAGGCCCGUGGGACGGCAUGCUUUCUUCCCUUCCUCCCUCUGCCUGUUUUGCACGCUCCUCCCCAGCGCUGCAGUGUGCACACGCACACACUUGAGCCGCACUCAUCUUGGCCCAAGAGUGAUAGGAUCUUUUCUCAUUGGUUUUUAUUGUUGUUCUUAUGUGUUUGUUUGUUUGUUUGCUUUUCAAGCUGGGGACCACUGACCUAAGCUCUAUAUGCACCCCAAGUUCCCCAUGGAAAACGUUUCAACACGCAGGGCGAAAGGCACCAGUACAGUUCCAGGCCAUGCCGCUGCUUUGCCUUGGGGAAUAGACCGGUUUGCCCCCAGUGACUCCAGCCUGUAUCCUUAAGGUACAGGCGACCCCAGCAGGUUAGUGCUGACACAGUAGAGAGCUUGACACCUGCUGACAGCGUGUGCCUCUGUUCCAAAGGGUUGAAUCGGUUCUCAACAGUGAUAACUCGUCUCACUGUAUAGUGUUGAGUAUGUCUCAGGGAUUCCUUGCGGAAAUUAGGGCCGUUUUUAAAAUAAGAAAAUAGUUUUCAAAGAAACUAAAGGUGAUUCAUCACUGAUGAGAGCUCGAGAGAGAGAGAAAGCGUCUGGGCUCACAGCCCGUGGUGUCUCGCGAGGACUUCUUCCUUUCCACUUCAGCCUCUCAUCUCAGCUCAGCACACAGAGUCCUUUCCCAUCAUGCACAGCUUUAAAACUUUUAUUUAAAAACUUCCUUCCCCAAUGAGCUUUCAGAAUACUUAUUGUAGAUUUUAAGAGAAAAGGUAUAUUAAUUUAUGCUAUUAACAUCACCUCAUAAAUUAUAAGUUUUAUACUAAAGCUGUAUUGAGUGUAAUGAAUUAUGUUGCCUAUGUGUUUUAAUAGCUUAAAAAUUAUAUAUGAGCUUCUUCUUUUUAUUUUUAUUUUUAUUUUUGACAAAACAAACUAGUGACGCACCUUUUUACACUGGAUCUCUGCCGUGUCAAGGUGUAUAGCUAUCCUUUGCUACCUUGCAGAUAUAUAAAGAAAAGGAUAACCUGGGGCCUCAAAAUGUAGAACACCCUUAGACCAUUUAUCAUCAUUCAUAGAGCUGUUGAGAAUCAUGUUCUUUAAUACAUGAUCUGUGGUUUACACUUAAUGAUGGCUAGACACUUAGUUACAGGGUAAAUAGAAGCAAAUAGAUCCAGUGAAACUCCCACUGCUGUAGCUGGAAUUUGUAAACCAAGUUUUUAAGACCUCUGUUAUUUCCUAUGGAUUUAUUCUUUAAUUUACAGUUUAUUCUGUAAGUUGAGAAGUAAAAUAGAGGAAUUAAUAAAUCUAGAUGUUCUCAGUGUCUCAUUCAGGAACAUUUUCCCCUCCUCACUAAGGAAUUCCCACUGUGACUUAAAAAUAGAGGUAAAUUACUUGUAUGCAUGUAUGUACCUGUGUUUUUACACACAUGCAAAAAUAUACAUUGGGGGCACGUGUGUGAGAUAUGAAUGUGCGCUUGUAUAAAAAUAGAAAGGUAACCGAAUGUAUUAUAGAAAUGUGAUUUAUUUAGCUGAGGGAAUUACAGUUUCUUUCCCAUUGUUUCUUUUUAUAAACAUACCAUAUUCUUCGCUAUAUUGUGUUCAAAGGCUAGCUCUGAUAUCAUGUGCAUUUUCUUUUAACCUUUGAAUUAAUUUAUGGUGUUUUUAAAGUGACAUGAGAAAGGGCAGAUUCUAAGACCAGCCUCAUACUUAUGAGCAUAAAAAUAAGAGAGAGACAGACCUAGAUAACAGCUUGUUUAUUUAUUGAGGUGAUGGGACCACAGAUUUGUUGAAACAUUUUUAUGUCUAAUAAAUGUUCUUUAUAUUCCAAGUAAUAAAGUAUUAUGAUGUUUUCUUGGUCAAGUUCAGAAAAUAUAGGCCGUGAUAAGGAAGCUUCUGAAGGGGCCGCUUGUUUAAGGAGUUGGUGGGCUCAUUUUACUGUGCAUAUUCCAAAGCUGGUGUGAUUUUAGUUAUUUCCAAACCAUGUUUUAAAGCUGAGGUGUGCCGUUGGUGACGGAGCGGAGGACCACAGCUCCCCGCUGCCAGCUGUAGGGAGACCAUGCUGCCCUGGAUGCUUACCCGACUCCCGGGGGACUGAAAAGAAAGACACAUUCCUGACCUUUGAGCUUUGUCACUUGGCUGUGCGUCCUGUCCUGGAGGACAGAUGAUCUGAGAUGUCACCUAGAGCCACGGGCUCCCAUCACACUUCCUUCCACUCAUAUGCUUAGGGGUAUGUCAGAGCAGCUCCUGAGGACACGUGUGAAUUGGCAGUUGUCUUUGAGGCUUCGGUUACUUCAUCUUAGGUUCCGUCAGAACCCGGGAACGCUGUCUGUGUUGUUUUUUACGAUUGUAUUUUUGUAGCAUCUCCCUGUUUCACUCACUCUUGCUUUUGGAUUUUAAGAAAUCUGCAUAUUUCUUGUACAUAUGCAUGCAUAUGAAAGGAGGGGGUUUGUACUGAUGCCAUUUCUCCCUUCGGUUGCUGGUUAACGGAAUUUGCUAGAACCAAUUCCCCUUAUUGAAGGGUGAAAACAGACCCUUUGUGUAUAUCUGUACAGAGAUGUGUAUAUGGGAUGUGGUGGCACUUUGCUGAAUGUGAACUUGCCUUGUCAAUGGAAAGAUUGAAAAGUAUUAUGUUUAUUUAUACAUUUGUAUAAAUCUAUAUAUACACGUAUGUAUAUGUGUGUGUGUAUAGAUAAAGCUAUAUACAUAUAUUUCCCUAAAAAUGUGUGUGUGUAAUAGAUUUACAGCCUUUGCUAAGCAAGAUUAUGCAUCUGUGGGAAAUUCUGGAUUAUUCUGCAAGCCCGCAGAAGUGGCAACAUCAUCAGGCAUACUGAACUACAAAUCCUUUGGAUUCCAGUCACAAAUCACAGAUUACAUUGGUCACAAAUGAGUCUCUUCUUCUCACCAAUUGCACUGUUCCUCAGACUGCUAGCUAGUUACUCAUUACUUCACACUCACACAUCUUUGCCAAGUUGUCUAUUGUCCAGUGCAGGAGAUGGACUCUUGAGGGUGGCCUGUGCAGGGCACGUGCUGAGCCACAUCGUCCCCUCCCCCCUUCUUCCCGACUUAGCUCUCUGACUAGAAGCCUUGGCAUAAAGAUCUCAGCUGUUGUUUUCACAUUCCUUUGUCAGUGACAGUCCCCACAGUACACAGCUUUCAGUAAUAUUUUCUUUGACAUUUGGGUCGCCAUCAAAAAAUAAAAAGCCAACAUUCAAACAAUUAAUUUUGAAUUUUUUACCUAGGGAACUUGGGAGGAUUUUACUUAAAGUGAAAAAAAAACAAACCCAUAAUUAUGACUUUAUGAUUGAUACUAGUGUUAGGUGUACUUCCACACUUCUUAUCAUUUAAGUAGUUUGAUUUGCUUUGUGUUUUAAAUGUAAGUUUACCCUUUGAAUUUUAACAGCGUACACAAAGUCACAUGAAAGCCUCUUGAAUCCUGUAACUGACUCACGUUUCUCAUGGUGAAAUGCUCUAAUGAGUUCUUAGGUCAUGAAUUCUGCUAGAUUUCCUUUGACUUCCCUUACGGUUGUGACAUUCGGUUUUAACUCUGCCCCAGCUCUCUAGAAAACUUCCACCCUUAUAUAUCGUGCCUUUAAAGCUCUUAUGCACACACAGAUAAAAGUGUAUAUAUAUAUACAUGUGGGCGCAUGUGUGCAUACACUCUGGUAUGUACUCACACAGUAUGUCUCCAGGACGUAUUGUGGGAGUGGACAUAGAGAUAUUCAAAGGCAAUGGAAUAUUGCUCUCUAGAUAAUAUAUGUAUAUAAAUAGUGUCGAUAAAACUGUACAUACACAUGUAUAUGUUUGAGUUCUAAAUGGCAACCUUUUACAUUUAGCAAAAUGCUGCCCUACUGGAAUAUUGUCACUGCGGUGGCAGUUGUAUGUAAUGAUUUAAAAUACAUUUAUCAGAAAUUAUUUAAAGAACAUUUAAAGGUCUCAUCUAAAGACAGCCACACACUAUUUAUUUACCUUCCUGUUCAUUUGAUUGUUGUGUUUGCGUCACUGAAAGGGAGACUGUCAUUUUAAAAAUACCAUCUGCACGUGAGAGACGAGAGUCACUUGGGGCACUCUGUGCCCACCCCACCCCACCCCAAAACAGUGAUAUGCCACAACCCAGCUUGUCUACUUCGGCUUCAACGCAGUCCUACCAUGGCCAUUUGUGUCUGUCAUCCACCAUCUCCUUGAUCAACUUAAUCCACCAAUCUGCCUCCUCCUCUCAUUAAUGAAUAAUGAUCGCUUCGAUCGUGCCGCCUGGGGGAAGCUGACCCCUCUCUUGCUGCAAGGAAAUGGGUCAUCUAGUUCUUCUGCCUUGUUCCAAAUUCACCUUGGAAAGAAGACGGUUCUCACGAUGCUGUCUUAAGCAUAGUUUAUUUGGCAUAGUUUGAUUUAUUUAAAGACCUUACUUAAUUUUUUUGGAAAGCGCUCUUUCUUAACUCUUAAGUUGCAUGUACUUGGCGUAUGUUUAAUUCUUACUGCCCUUCCCCGCAAGGUAUUUUUUCACUAGUCUAUCAGUUUUCCGUACUGAAUGCAAGAACAUUAAGACAAAACCGUUAAGUACUCUUGUCAUUUGUGAUGAGCUGGCAGCAGGUUACACCUCAAGAAUUUAGAGCGAGAGAAAGGUAGAUGGAUAGAUUAUCCUAAAUGCCCUCUUCGGUGGGGAGUGAAGUAAAGGUUCUCCUGGGAAACAGAGUUCACAGAGUAGCUCACUGGAACCGAUAUCAGAACCAGCCUUUAACAAAAAGCCCCUUGGCAGAUUUGUGUGGUACUCACCAGAGUGCCCACGUGUAAAUUGAAACCAGGUUGCAGUGGGAAAUCAGAGGUGAGGUAGCCGUUGGAGACCAGCCAGGGACAGGCGGGCUGGACAGUCUGAAAAUGUCUUUCAACAAAAGUAACUGCACGGUAGCAAGGACUAGCCACACCGAGAGCUCCUCCUCUUCAGCGUUCUCGAUCACCUUGGCACACAGUCUGCAACACACACCAUCCAUUCAGAGCGUAGACCGGAGGGCUGCUGCUUAAAGGGGACUUACAAACCAAGCGUCUCCUCACGGCGGUGCCACGGCCGCCACCUAGUUCCAGGCACGCACCCUGGGAGCAGAGCAUAGAGAGGGUUUGGAAAGGCCUGCCCGUGGCACUGGCUGUGGUUUGGCUGGGGUAGCGGGGGCACAUUUGGGGAGAUGAGGGGCUUUUGGUUUGUGAUUUCCCUUUAAACAGGGAGAGAUGGUUCCCAUUUUCCAUAUAUAUAUCUCAAUGAAUGUACUGUAUUACUGUUUUAAAAAUUUGAUGAAAUAAUAAUGGAUUGGUCUCCUUUUGUUAUCUGGUCCUUGUUUAAUUUGUUUAAGGGUUUUUGUAUACAAAAGUUUACAUUUUUAUGUAUAUUUUUCUUGUGUAAAAACUGAUGUAAUAUGUGUAUAAAACACUGUAUGUAUUAUCUGUAUAUAGUGUGACAAAAUGAUUUUUCUUUCUUUCUUUUGGAUGUAUUAAUAAAUCUUGCUGUGAAGUA